UGAUACUUCAAGAUGCUGUAGGUUACUCGUCGACAUAGCGAGUCUUUUUAUUUUCUUACCCUUUUUGUGUUUAUCAAAAAUGGCAAGUCUGGUAGGCUUUGCUGGCGUUGCAAGUUGUACGCAGGCAGCGGUGCAAAUAGUCAUGAGCGCACUAUCUUUGGCGCAAUACUUUUGCUUGAUUGACUUUCUUCAAGAUCUACCAGAAUUGCUUUACAUCAAAAUCCUGUAUUACCAUAAUCCAGCUAUUUGUGGGCAGCGAGUGAACAUAGGACAAUCUCUUACUGAAGUGAGCAAUCAGGCGUUUGUUCUCAUAAGGCUAGAGCCCUUUACAGUAACAAGAACAUUCUAUAUUAACUGUGUACACCUCGGUCUAGGAGUCCUUUGGUUCUUCUCAAGCAUUAUCUUGAUUGCCAGCUGGAGUAACAAUAGAAAAACGCCGACAAAGUGGCCUUGGAUAGUAAUAACGAUUGGCAUUUGUGCAUUAGAUGUCGUCGCAAUUGUGAUAUUCGCCAAUGACGUAUUUUUCACUAGAACUUUAAAUGAGAUUAUGAACUAUAUCGGAGCGACAGCGAGUGGAUUAGGUAACACAGUGCUGGACACGAGAUUGGCUGUUUGGAUUAUGAUCGCUGUAUAUGGAAGACUGGGUGUUUUUUUUCUCUUUAACAUAGUAGUUUUGAUAGUUGUAGCGAUCAAGAAACGAGAGGUCACUGUUAUGGCGGAUAAUAUAUCAGAGGCACCGUCCACCACCAAACUAUUUGCUAGAAGGGACACACCAAAUUUUGAAGAUAGCGUCUCAACGAGUGGAACAAGUUACGAUCUUGAAGUUGAUCGUAUACCGCGCCCCACAUUAGCAAGAAAAGGAGACCCAGAGAUGGAUAAAAAAGUAAAGUUCAUAGCAGAUAUAAUAACUCCGCCAGUAACGGAAAAUAAAGAAAAUAUUCAGGAACGUAGCAAUAGCAUUGACAUAUCAGUUGUGGGGACAGCUGCGCCGAGCCAGCCGUCUACGAGCUCGACGCAACUUUCUGUUACAGAAAAGAAGAUAAGCAAAAAGCCCAGCACAGCGGAACUUGAUCGUCAACUUCCAUGGUCCUACCUUCCAUCUACGUCACAACCAAUGAGGUCCCAACUACCCCCUGAUGAAGAUCUGCCUCCGGUACCAUUACCGGACUACACAGUUAUUCAUAAUCCAAGAAAAGCUUCUGUACACAGAGCGCCAUCAAAUUUAGGAUCACCACCUGUAGCACGUUUUAAAUUUCCUACGUCAGUACUGGCAUCUGGGGAGCGGCAACGGCAGUAUCUUGAUGACGUUCUACCGAAAGUAUUUCUGUAUUAUGCAAGUGUUAAAAGCUUUAUAAGCUCCCGAUGGUUUAAAAACCCGAGACUGUUAAAGAUUAAGCAAUAAGUCUUUGUUUGUGUGGGUACAGUUAUCAAUAGCGAUUACAUUAGUAUAUAAGUGAAAUAUUGGAUUCUAAAAAAAAGGUAUACAUCAUGGCCCGAUCGUAUUACUUAUUAUUUUAAUUGUAUAUAGCCACACUUUUUCAUAUUAAUAAAUGCUACAUGAAAUUGUUGCUUACCGGUAGAGGCUGACAUAUUUUUGUUUCGGUAAUACAAAUAAGCAUAAUCAGGUUCUGACAGGUUCAGGAGAGCUUAAUUGAAAUCCCACAUUUCAAAAAUGUAUUUAGUCGAUUAACCAAAAGUUUGUUAACAAUUCUAUAUCAGUUGCUCGUUAUACUCUCAGCGUCAAGUAUAGUAGUACUGAUAUAGUAAAUAUGUGCAACACGAUUUUGGCAUAUGGGAAUCACAUUGAGCGCUAACAGGUAUUCCUCAAUGUUUUUAAUAGUUAUGACGAAUUCUUAAUAGAUUUUUUACGUUGGUUAUUGACGACGAAGACAGUUAUUGGGAUUUUAGCACUUAUCCCAAGAACAUUUUAACCUAUUUCAGAAUUGUCAAAUUAUGUUAUGAUAUAUCUUGUAAAUCCUAUUGACUACGUUUAAGAAAUUUUUUAUAGUAAAUAAUACUGUGAGUGAUUACAGAUUACCUCUUCUGUAAUUACACAUUAAGUAUUUUUUUAUAAAAGUUUUGAGAAAAUAAAUACGUUGCUCUCUUUGAGAAAUUAAAAAGAGUUAACAUUUUCCUGUUAUUAUUAUCUCUGUCCAUUAUAAUUGUAGUGUAGCUAUAAGGUGUGGAUGUCCGAAUAUAUUAUGAAAACGCAUAAUUUCGAGAUAUAUAGCAAUGAUAUAAACGCCAAAAUAUAGUAAAACAAUUUGAUUUUUACGAAAUAUGUAACACUUACGUUUCCGUGAAAGAACGUAUGACAACACUUUGGGACAUAUAUAGUAAUAUUACAUUAUUUAGUUAUAUACCUAUCGAAGUUAAGUGAAUCGAAGCAAAGAGCAUUAAGGCAUUUGUAGUUCUUGCGUAUGCGUUUCUUUGUUUGAAGUGAAUGUUAUUUUUAAUUUUGAUAAUUUUAAUAAAAGUGAUCAUGA